AUGGACCUUCUCUUUGUCUUCUCCUUCUCCGCUGCCAUUCUAUUCCUUGGAAUGCACAGAGGUCACUGCGCAGAUAUCAUUGCAGGGAAACCUUCAGUCCCGCACUCAAGACCCUUUAUGGCUGCCUUAGUGAGAGGAAAGCAUUUCCGGUGCGGAGGAACUUUGAUCAAAAGAAACUGGGUGCUGACAGCAGCUCAUUGCAAAUUAGGUAAGGGAGAUAAAGUUAUCCUCGGUCUUCAUUCACUAUCUGAACGUGGGAGAGGACAACAAUUUUUUCAUGUUGCUAACGCAUAUGUUCACCCAAAAUAUAAUAAACGUACACUGGAAUAUGACAUUCUGGUUUUACAGCUUAAUAGAAGAGCAACGCUUAAUCGAUAUGUACAGACCAUUCAGCUUCCCAAAACUUAUGAUGAUCUCAGAGCAGGCACACAGUGUCUAGUGACUGGAUGGGGGCGUACUGAAAACGGCGGCUCGAUAUCUGAUAUUCUGCGUGAAGUUAACGUCGCUGUUGUAGACAGACGCAUCUGCAAUGACGCGAACCACUAUAACUACAGACCUUUUGUGACAAUGAACAUGGUGUGUGCUGGUGGUUUUGGCAACCAAAGGAAAGAUACCUGUAAAGGUGACUCUGGUGGCCCUUUGAUAUGUGGGGGAAUACAAAGAGGUGUUACUUCUUUUGGUAAAUCAGGAAAAUGUGGUGAUCCCCAGUUCCCGGGUGUCUAUGCUCAUCUCACAAAGGACAGUAUUGAAUGGAUUAAGAAAAAAGUAUUCUGGUGA